UUGGUGAUAGGUUGGCUUCCCCUCACAUGCCUUCGCACCGCCAUAUCACGAAAGGCUCAGCUCAUCGGCAAACUACGGCAAUGCUUAAUUCCGUAUUGCAACCAUACUUCCCCGCAGAUCGUGGGAUGUUCUUUUAGUACCGAUUGAUGACUCGAGAGAAUUCCCUUUUGGGUUCCCCUCACACCGUAUCCAUGUCGUCGGGCUCCAUAUGGUAACCCCCACGUUCUUCUCCUUUCGGGCUUGACUCCGAACCGACAAGUUCGCGGGGUCGCGUGUUCUUUCUGGUGGCGCAAUGGCUGAUGACCUCCAUUUAAUGGAAUAAUCCGCCUGAUGAGUCUUUUUGGUUACUCUGCCUUCUUUUUUAUACCUGUCUUAUUGUUUCGUUUGUCAUCAAGAUGUCUGACUGCGAUGUUCGUCGAGCCUCUAAAAUGCCCCAUCCAAAUGAUCUCCAUCGCUCCACUCAAUCAGCCUCAGCACCACCUGGAAAUGCCGCGCAGUUACCGCAAGGCCAAUGUCGUUAUAUCCUCACAAUACCAGAACUAAAAGGCCAUCGCUGCGGAUGCAUGGGCUUUCAUCACAACACAUCUCUACCUGGCGCGACAUGUUACUGCGGCCACUUCUCAUGCUUCCAUUCAUCUACAUCUCUAAAAACAAGCGAGGACAUCACAGCUCUCAAGAAACGAGUCCGAGAACUUGAGACGCAACUUCAACAAAAAGGCAGUUACCAACUCGAAAACUUGGUCGGUCGCAUCAGCGACCUGGAAGAACAGGUGGAGGGUAAUCAGGAAGAAGCAGCCAGUCAGCUGAAGGCUUCGUAUCAGAACAGUUCGGCUGCUUGGCAGGUGAUAGAAGCAUUACAGGAGCGGAUUAAAAGUUUGGAGAAUUAUUGUCAGUUGUAUUGUGAGCAGAUGAUGGCAACGAGGAAGGAAGUCAAGGAACUGUAUAAUCGACAAUUGGAGAUGAUGGAUGGGGAGGAGAGUUUGGAAGAUAGGAUUAAGAUGUUAGAAGAUCCGGGGAACUUACUACCGUUGUUCCAGAGUGGACAGAUCAGCUCUGUGACUAUGGAUUCAAGGUAGACACUGAUUGAGAAGAGAUGGUGGCAUCUACGAAGCUGGAAAUUGAGAAAGGCUGGAGCUGUGUACCUCAUAGUCAAAAUCAAUCAGUAAGUGGGUAGUAGUAAUUGUAAUUCACGACAUCUAGAUAUUUAUUUUGGGUUUGAGUCAGGCUUCCUCAUGCUUGACUUGUUUGAGGUAUCGUAAGAUUACAA